AUGUGGGGUUCCGCUCGUUUGGGCGGAGACGGGGGAAGAGAUGGCACUCUGUAUCCGGAUGAUGAAGCAGCAGCAGCAGCAGCAGCAGCAGCAGCAGAUGCUGAUAGUGACCGUCUAGACAGCGGAGAUGUUUUGUUUGAUGCAGAGGUAGACAGCGACGAGGAUAUAAGGGGCAUCCCUAUCGGCGGCGCCUUUGAGAUGCAGCCGCGCGUGUUAGGUAGAUCAACAGACACAGCAGCAGCAGCAGCAGCAACAACAGCAGCAGGAGCAGCAGCUGCUCCUCCUGGAGGUCUUGAGCAGCAGCAGCUGCCUGGGGGUGGUGGUCCAAUAGGCUGGAUGCGUCGUUUGCUGCGCCUGCAGCCGCAGCAGCAGCAACAGCAGCAGCAGCAGCAGCAGCCCAUCCCCCUGCGCAUGCGUAGGCGGCGCUACGAAGCAGUUGUAGGAGAAGGAAUGCAUGCAGAAGACAAUGAUACAAAUGUGCUACCAGAGGAGCAGCAGGAGGAGCAGGAGGGGGAGGAGGAGGAGCAGCAGCAGCAGCAGGAGUUGCCUACUGUCCAGUCUUCUCAAGAUACAACAAGCAGCAGCAGCAGCAGCAGCAGAAGAGAGCAUGCAGCAGCAGAAACAGCACCUGCUGCUGCUUCUCCUUCUAUGAGUAUAAUGGCUGCUAUACGUCGUGCCCAAGCUAUGCUGCAGGAGGGUCGUACAAGAGCAAGAGACGCAGCAGCAGCAGCAGCAGGAACGGCAUCACAGCCACCUCCACCCCCACCACCAUCAGCAGCAGCUGCUGCACCACCUGCAGCAGCAGCAGCAGCAAAUGAGAGCAGCAGCAGCAGCAGCAGCAACGAGGGCACUAUUCGUCUUCUAUGGCGUCGCCUACGUAAUCGUUUUACAGCAGCAGGUGCUCGUGGUGCUGGAUCAUCAUCAUCAGCAGCAGAUGCAGCAGCAGCAGCAGCUGCUGCUGCAGCAGCAGCAGCAGCAGCAGCAGCAGAAGAGGAAGAAGAAGACGCAGAACCCUUUGAUGACCCUACCUGCCAGCAGCUGCUGCUUGCAGGGGGCCUCCUCUGUUGGGCCCCCCUCUUAUGGCUAGUUGGUUGUCUCCUCUUCUUUGUUACCCCUAAUCAAUAUAGAAGAAGCAGAAGAUGGGGAUCUAUAAACGUAUUAUUAGUUGCUCUUUUCUUAUGUCUAUUAGCUGCUAAACAUAUUGAAGAAAAACCCAAUAAUAAAUCCCCUCGUUUUGUUUAUUACGGGAGAGAAGACGUCAAAGAUAUGUGGACAGGUAACUGCAGCAGCAGCAGCAGCAACAGCAGCAGCAGCAGCAACAGCAGCAGCAGCAGCAACAGCAGCAGCAGCAGCAGCAACAGCAACAGCAACAGCAGCAGCAACAGCACCAGCAGCAAUGGCAGCUGUAGUAGGAUUUCUCAGGAGCCUGUGUCUUCUGGUGUUGUAUGGGAGAUCGUGGGGAGGAGACUCCAGCGGACAAAAUUAUUUUAUUGGGAGCCAUCGCCUGGCCUCUCCCUACAAGGAUGGCGGCCUGUGCCUCUCCCGCUGCAGCAGCAGCAGCAGCAGCUGCAGCAACAGCAGUACCCGAAGCUAAACAUCACCAAGGUGGAUCUGGAUGAGUUGCUAGGAGAGGGUUGGGGGGGACAGUUGGUAUUGGGCCCCUCGUUAACAAGAGAAGCGGGGGGCCCCUAUGGGGGCCCCUAUGGGGGCCCCUUUGAGGUUACUGGGCUACAGGGCCCUUUGGUGGUGGUGACGGGGAGGGUACAGUUUGCUGCUUCAUUUGUUGCUGCUGUAGAGCAUGCAGCAGUAUCUGCAGCAGCAGAGGCAGCAGCAGCAGCAGCAGCAGCACCUGCUGCUGCUGACCUACCGCCUAUGAUCUUCCCACGGGAUAUCCCUAUAGACGAUGCGCUGCCAGGGACCGGCAAGUAA